AUCGACAACAACAUCACAAAUGACAGCAACAAGACGGCGUGUACAGUCAAAAGCCGCGACCUCCAACAGGCUCGACCUUAAAUGCAGAAUUAUAUUUCUGAAUUCUACAGAUGCUAAUCAGUCUUUAGACGCAAGAUGCACCGAAGAAGCAGUCCAUCAGGAAAAAUCUUGUUGCCUUCACCUGUGCUCCCGCAAUCAUCUUACAACCUUCUGUAAACCAGAGGCUAAGACUUAUUAACACAACUUGCAUUGCACGUUCAUCACUCCAUUUUGCAAAUUGCUUGAGAAUAUGCUCAUUGAUUUGGCCCAUGGUACUGCUUGCAUUUUGUUGCUCGAGCUAGAAAAUCUCUAAGGUAAAACAAAUGGCAGCAGCUAAAACAGAUUGAAGCAAGCAGUGAUAUCCUGUGGAUUUUGAUAGCAGUUUGAUAGACAUAAUUGCUUUCUUGUGAAGGAGAUGCCAAACAUUGCACUUUACAGCUGGAAGGAUUCUACUUGACAUCCUACGUAAUACAAAUUUUUAUGACAUCAAGUUUUGUGGAACAAGCAGAAGAAAGAAUCACAUCCACUAAAACUUUUGACAGUAUCAUUUGCUUGUCAUUUUUUGAGCUGGGUUUGAUAGGUAGAUUAUACACAUUUUUAUUGUGAAUUGGCAGAAGAGAUAGAGAGAGCUUAAGAAGAUCAUUGUGACAUUCUAGAGACCAGCUAAGGAACACUCUGAAACAGCAAUGCAGAGAGAGAGAAACAGCAAGCAGUGGUCCAUUUGUCUCUGAAUUACAACUGUAACUGAACAGCAAGCAGCCAAACAGUGCUGAACAGCAAACAGGAAGAACAAAUUAGAAAUUUCUAUUGUGUUAUUGAUAAAAGGGCACCCAUACAAUUCUACACUCUGAAACUCAUUUCUUUCUAAAUUACAAUGACUGACACAAGGACAAGUACUAAGAAUUUCCUGUAUUGACAUAAAACAAAGGUUCUUGUUGGUUUUUGGUGUGUAGGACAAAACACUAACUCCGUUAAUCAGUUGUUUGCCAAAUGGCUGCACACUUUUUCAUCGAGAAAAACUGAAGAGCUCCUUUUUGCGAAGGAGGUGCACUUUUGAACUUGCGUGGUUACAGUGCAUAUAACAUUGUACCCACUGGAAGGUCCAUUGGGAAUAAUUUGAACUGUAACCGUAUUGAUGCCUUUGAAGAUCAAUCUGUUGUGAUUUACGUGCCAAUGGAGAAGGAUGAUUUCCUGUUGUAGUUCCAGUGAAAAGCGUGGAGCUAUUACAAUACCAAGGUGCAAUUACAUUAUUUGUCUUGUCGGGUAUUGAUGAAAGAAAUUUGAUUUGACAGUGGGAAUGGGGUGUGUUUCCGCCAUUAUUUAACCGACAUUGUCAUACACACAUUUUUUUGUAAGGAACUGCAUUGCAUGUAGCUAUAGCAGUAGCAGUGCUUUGGUGUGGCAUGGGUUACAGUAAUACGCUGCAAGAAGUAUACAUAAUACCUUCACUGUGAAGUGGGCCUGUAUGAUAUUGGAUCGCAAUAAUAACCAUUGAUUAUCAUCACGGUGGCUGUCAGUGCAGCUCCUCUUGUUUUGACUGAUCAUGGCAAAUUACUGAUAUCGGAGAUGAUAUGGACACUCUACCAGCAUUUCUUUCACUAAUCAACCAGUGGUUGUUUAAUUGCUGUAAGCCACAGCCAGCAGACUUAAAAGCGUGGAUGGAGAUGUGUUUUGGUUUGCUGAUGUUAUGCCUUGUUGCUUUAACUUAAUCGGGUGUAGUUGUGCACGAGGAGGCAAUUAGCAAAUUCAUGACUAGGGAUUGAACACAUUCUACAACCUUAUCAGACAGAAUAUUUCUCAGUGUAUAAUUUAAAAGACUAUUUUUUCCACACGGCUGCAGGAAGUCAAAUUGUCAAGUGAGAUGAACUUGUGAAUUGUAAGAUUUCAGUUUGACUGGGAUUAAUUUCCUAUUUGUGAUUUGCAUAGGACUCAGUCAACAUAUAAUAGUUAUAAUAUACAAGGUAUGCAGGUUGCCAUUAGUCAAAGUUCAGUACAGUUAUGCUGCUUCAGGCAUCAGGUUAUUUAACAAUGACCAUUGGACAAAUAUUUUGAUGUAUAUUGGAACAUCGAAAAACAAAACUGGGAAGCUUUCCUUCAUUUGAGGUAAUUUGUACCUACAAGGAGAAAGAUUUAAACAGAAAAAUAUUUGUGUUACUAUAUGACAAGGAAUGGAUUAAGAAAGCACUGCAUACUAUCUUUCCUACUCAGAAAAAAAGACAAGCUUUCAUAACAGUUGUUGGGUGAUAAUUAUGAAGCAGGGAACUGAUUUGCAGUUCUUGCAGUUGAGUAAAAUAGGGGAUAAUUAUCGUCUGAGCAAACAAACGACUUGGCAAGAGAGGCCGCUGAUGAUUUCAGGAAAUUUCACUGAAAUAUAAAAACUUGCUAAUCACAGCUGUCAAAAACUCGUCUGUGAUGUUCUGUACUCUGAGCUGCCUUGCUAAUGAAAACAGGUAGUGAAAUGGAGAAUUGAGAAAAUUACAUGUAAACGUGUUUAUUGAAACUGCCGUAAUCAAGCACCUGUGGCAACACACUUGGAGCUGCCUUGGUAUAAAUGAGCACAUGAUCCACGCAGGCAAAUCAAAAACUUAUGAGCUCAGACUACAGUUGGAACGCAGUCGCUAAACCUGGCAUGCGGAUAACAAAAAGCAACAGUAUAGGUCCACUACACCAGGACGUCAAAGUGGAGGAUGCAGACGAAGACACCCUCCUCCAUAUAGAUGGUGGGAGGCAGGGAGUUAUUUCAACUGAGGAGGGUGCGAUUAGGCAUCAGGUUCAGGUACUUAGUCCGAACAGAAAUCGGAAGCAAAAUGGUGGAGCUCAACAUCCUGGCAUUGAGCAGAACAGUUUUAAUGUCUCGCCAAACCUUUCGCGCCCUGCCUCUGAGCUCUCCCAAACAAAGAGGAGGUCUGCGUGGGAUAGAGCACAGGAAAAAUUUGAAGCAGGAGAGAAAAAGCAAAAAAAGGCACACAGAAAGGAAGCAACAUGCUUGCAGAUGGAGAUGGAAUCGAAUCUGACUGAUGACAGUUGUUGCAAAUGGCAGACAGUGCAGAAUGUUUUUAGGACGAAAAAAUUCAAAGAUCACCAGCUGGAGAUUCUGUACCAGCGCUACUUUUUUAAACUAAACCAAAAUAAUCUUACUCAACUCAUGGCUCUACUUAUGACAAUCUGUGUUAUUCUAGUUGCAUUCCAUUACAUAGGAGGGCAAACGUCGCCUCUGAAAGGAACUCUCUUCGGACUACUCUUCCUCGCUUUCAUCGUGGUACAAAUCCUGUGCAAUAAAAGCUCCUUUUCUCAACUUCACCUUGUCUCGCUUGGAUAUGUCAUCCUCAUAUUUAUGAUCACUAUGGUGAUACUCGUCACCACAGAUACGUCCCCAAGGACGGCCAGUGAAGGGGUCUGGUUGAGUAUAUUUUGUAUAUAUAUGACCUACAGCUUGCUGCCCGUCAGAAUGAGAGUUUCGGUGUUCGGGGGGAUUGGCCUGGCUGCUGUUCAUACCCUGUGCGUCAUAGUCAUCAAUCGCAAUGACGGUUAUAUUUGGAGACCGGUAGUUGCCAAUGUAUUCCUGUACAUCUGUGUGAAUAUUGCCGGGGUCUUCACUCACUACCCCACGGAGGCCGCUCAGCGCCAAGCAUUCUUAGAGACUAGACGAUGUAUCGAGGCACGUUUGAAGACACAACGGGAAAACCAACAGCAGGAAAGGUUACUGUUGUCAGUGCUUCCACGCCAUGUUGCCAUGGAGAUGAAGUCGGACAUUGCUGGUCAGGUGAAGGAUACGAUGUUCCAUAAAAUCUACAUACAGCGCCAUGAGAAUGUUAGCAUUCUCUUUGCGGACAUCUGCGGUUUUACGGAGCUCUCGGGCAAGUGCACGCCUCAGGAGUUGGUAGAGCUUCUCAACGAACUAUUUGCGCGGUUUGAUCGCCUGGCCCAAGAAAACCACUGCCUCCGCAUUAAGAUUCUCGGUGACUGUUAUUACUGUGUCAGCGGACUGCCUGAGUCCCGCCCCGACCACGCUCAGUGUUGUGUGGAGAUGGGACUGGACAUGAUCGAUGCUAUUAGAUUGGUGCGAGAGAUGACUGGUGUGGAACGGCUGAACAUGAGGGUCGGAAUCCACACUGGACGCGUCCACUGUGGGGUUCUGGGAUUGAAGAAAUGGCACAUGUGACGGAAGUGACACUGCUGUACCUUAAUGACGACUACGAGGUGGAGUCGGGGCAAGGGGAUGAAAGAAAUGCGUAUAUUAAGGAACAGAAAAUUAACACAUACUUAGUGAUAGAACCCAUGGAUAGGAAUUUUCAGACAAAAAGUCCCAGUCCUGGAAAGUUGAAUGAUAAGAAGUCUGUUGAUAAUGGACUGAGUAAGGAAAUGAGGCGUCUUGGAGCAUAUGACUCGCAAACAAAUAUCCAUAACAAGCUUGGGUUUGGUGAGCAGAAGAGCAGCAAGAGCCCUGAAGAAGAGGUCAAUGAAUACCUGAGUCGUGCUAUUGAUGCUCGGAGUAUUGACCGCUUGCGAUCAGAGCAUGUGAAACGUAUUCUUCUUACAUUCCGUAAACCUGAACUGGAGGAAAAGUAUUCUCGUGUGCGUGACACAAUGUUUACCUCCCAUAUGGGCUGUGCCCUGGCCAUGGUUAUCUGUAUAUGCUUGGCACAAGUGACAAUUGUUCCAAGCUCUUCACUUAUGACCGUUGUCUUUCUUAUUUGUGUCUUCUUGCUUGUGUGUCUUACCCUAAUGGUAGCAGCUGAACACAUCAAGUUUUCUCCAAAAAGUGUCAGAAUGCUGUCUACUAAAAUAGCAGUGAACAGAGUGUUGGCUCAUGCCGUCACGGCAACCACAGUGAUCAUUAUCUACGCAGCAGGGUGCUUUUCAAUAAUUGCUGUUGAUACGUCUAGCCUGUACUCUUGCCUUGCCAAUUACCUCAAUAUCUCUGAAGACACUGUCAAUAGGACGCACUUAUUUGAAAUGAAUAUCUCUUUCUUGGACUUCAAUAAUAUUUGCCAUAAUGUGAUGCCAACUACAUAUUAUCCAGAGUACUACACAUUCUGUGUGGCUCUUGCCAUGAUAUCCAGUGCAGUGUUUCUCCAGGCAAGCAGCAUACUGAAACUGGUGCUACUGUUGCUGAUGGGUCUGUGCUACACAGUGCUGGUGUUGGUGACCCACAUCAACUUGUUCAGGAAUAGAGACUUCAUUGUGUUUGCUCAUAGUGGCCAAGAGACCUCAGAUCCAAGUACGACCAUUCCAAUAGAGUGGGUGACUGUUAUCAUUCUACUCGUUUUCGUUAUCGCACUCUGCAUACAUGCACAAAUCGUAGAGUCCACUGCCAGGCUGGACUUCCUGUGGAAGUUACAGGCAACUGAGGAAAAAGAAGAAAUGGAAAAUUUGAGAGCGUACAACAUGAAGCUUCUUGCCAAUAUUUUACCACUUCAUGUUGCUGAACAUUUCCUUAAAAGUCAAAAUAAAAAAGAUGAGGAUCUGUAUUACCAGGGCUGUGAUAAUGUGUGUGUGAUGUUUGCCUCAAUACCUAACUUCAGUGAGUUUUACAUAGAGCUUGAAGGCAACAAUGAAGGGGUGGAGUGUCUCAGGUUGCUCAAUGAAAUCAUUGCAGAUUUUGAUGAGAUUUUAGAAAAAGAGCAGUUUAAAUGCUGUGAGAAAAUUAAAACAAUAGGUUCUACAUACAUGGCUGCAUCAGGCCUUACGGAACAAACUAACUCCCCCAAACUGGACCAUGUCCUGGCUUUGGUGGACUUUGCCUUUGCUAUGAAAGAGCAGCUGGCCUAUGUGAAUGAGCAUUCAUUCAACAGUUUUAAGAUAAGAAUAGGUAUCAACAUAGGCCCUGUGGUGGCAGGUGUAAUAGGUGCCAGGAAACCCCAGUAUGAUAUCUGGGGCAAUGCUGUUAAUGUGGCCAGUAGAAUGGAUAGCACUGGACUCCCCAAUCAUAUACAGGUGACCCAAGAGAUAUACAACAUUCUCAAUCCCCUGGGUUACCAGUUGGAAUGCAGGGGGAUUGUCAAGGUCAAAGGUAAAGGGGACAUGGUGACCUACUUUUUGACAGGCCAGCCAAUCAGCAGGUGUGUACGACUAAACCAUGACAACGGACUAUGAGACUUUGCCUUGUCUUGCGUGGCCCAUGACUUUUGUUAUUUCCUUGUGUUGAUGGGUCUCAGACCCAAAGAAUUUAAAAGAUGUUCAAGCACAUAUUUGUUAUUUGUUAGGGUGAAAAUGAAAUACAGCCCAUGUAUUUUAUGUAAUCCGUAAGAAUUUUGCUAAAUGGAACUUUUGAUUGAGAUAAUGGGAAUCAGUGUGUCAGGCAGAGGAGAUAAUAAAACUUCAAACAUUGAAAAACAAUUUCCACAAAAAAAUUGUUAAGAAUCUAAAAAGAUGCCAGACAAUGCAAAAUAAUAGACAUCAAUACUUAUUUAUAAGUUGAACUCAGUGUUGGGAAAGAUCAUGCUUCCCUGAAGUUUUAGAUGAGUUUAGGCAACAGUUUUCAAUUGUUAUGCAGCCAAUGUACUGUAUUUGUUAAACUUGUAUUUUAAAAAAUGAAUAAAUUUAACUUGGUCGAAUAAUUCGAUGAACUGCCACAUGCCUGAGACCAAAGAGUGUGUACCAUUGGCCAUUUUUGGGACUUACUUUUUUUCAGCAAGACUUUCCUGGUAUGAACUCUUGGACUAUGCAUGUUGAAGGGAAUUGUUACCUGCAUGCUUAUAUAACAGAAAAGAAGAAAUAUAAGUAUGAACUGGGAAAAAACUCUUGUAAAGAUUAAUUGUUGGCUUACAAUUACAUAAUGUACUAUGAAUGUUUGAUGGGCUUAAACAUCCUAUAUUGGGUUUUCUUAUGGCAUUUACUUUUGUUCAAGUGAUUUCAAAUACCUGAAGUACAUGUAACAAUUACUGUUGCAUAUGUAGUAACUGUGGGCACAUUUACUAUAAUUUAGUUAUGUUUAUUAUCCACGUUGUAAAUUGCAUUUUUACUCUAUAACAAUGAUCUUUUGAUUUUUCUAUCAGAAGAAACCUUACCUCAUUCAGUUACUGAAUACCAUUGCCUUUUUAAGUGAAAUGAUAUUACUCUAACUUAUUACUCAGUUACAAAAACUAACAAAUGAUAUUUAUGACUCUUCGACAGCAUUCCUCAAUUUCUUCAUUAAACAAAGUUUACCAAAUGCAUUUAAUUCAUUUAAGUAAAAAAAAAAAUACAUGUAUGGACAGAGUGAAUAAGCUGGAACACCAUUUGUGAGCUGCCGACACAAGUGCUGAAAUAUUUUGCCCAGAUGUUUUUAUUUUUUAAUUUGACUCAUUUAUGAAGAUCCAUUUAGAUAACAAGCUAUCAGAAAUAAAAAUCUGAAUGGUAAUAGAUACCAACCAGCCAUUUUCAAAUACUGAGAACAAGUAUGCCCCUAAACAUUUGAAAUUUGUUAGAUAUUGGUGGAAUAUUUAUCAUUUUUGUAUUUUAUGAAUGUUUUGUUUACUUUAAUGUUCUUACUGUACAUAAUGACUUUCAUUAGGUUAAGGUUCUGAUAUUUCUGUUGAGCAGAUUACAUCCUUGUUAGGAUAGUCUGAAACAAGUUUUAUGCAAGAGAAAAAAUAUAUUAUAUUAAUUUUAAUCAUCAACUACAGGGAUACAAUGGUGCCCAAAAUCUAUAUUGUUCUUUUGACCAACUGGUCCAUUCUGAUAGAGCAGGAGCAAUUAAAUCUGGUCAAGAAUUUAGGAAGACUGAAGUCAGCAUUAGUGGGAAAUUUAAGCAGAUGAAUAGCAUUGCUCACAUUUGCCAAAAAUUUAGAUGGGGCAAACAAACAUUAUAUGAAAUCUAAUAUUUAUUAUUUACCUUGGUUCAUAGCAUAAUUACUUGUUAUUGUUGUUACCAAGUACAUAUAUAAUCAUUAUUUCUGUGGCAACUUUUAUUAUUAUUAUUAUUAUUAUUAUUAUUAUAGGGAGGGUACCAAUUGUUAAGCUCACUGGCAUCUUGCUAUUUGGUUCUGGAAAACACUGCUAUAAGUGGGCUUAUUGUAGGUAAAUAGAUGAUACAUGUAAGUGUAUUUGUUGUACAAUUGCAAAAUAAAGUUAAAAUACAGUCAAAAUUUGCCCACAAAAAUAAUGACUUACAUGCAAUGCAAACCAUUAGGAGACUAUAAAUUAAAUGUGCAUUUGUUUAGAGUUUUUUUUAUAAUUCUUAUUUUUAAGUCCCUUAUGAACAUGUUAUAUACUAUGUCUAUGCCUUGAUUUGUAAAUUGAUAUUAAAACUAGUCCCUUCCAUGAUAAUUUUGUAGUCAUGUAUAGCCCUUUAUUUUCAAAAAAAUCUGUUUAAUGGUCAGAAUGCUGUAAUUUUUCAGGGGGAUAUUUUUGAUUGUUAUAGGCAUGGAAGUUUGUGAACUAAGGCACACCUGUGUAAUUUAAUUUUAGCAAAAAAUGUGUAGGGACUUGCUUCUACUGCGUUCCAUUAGUGAACUCUUGUAUUAAAUUGAAAAUCUGGAAGAUAUGUAAUAAAGUACAUGUUGAAUUAAA